AUGUUGUUUAAACACAAAGAUAUGGUGAAUGUUCCUCUCUGUGUAGAGUGUCUUAACUGGCUGCUCAAUGUGUAUGAUAGUGGCCGAACUGGAAAAAUUCGAGUGCAGGCCCUGAAAAUUAGCUUGAUGUCUCUUUCUAAGGGCCUUCUGGAAGAGAAGUACAGAUAUCUCUUCAAGGAGGUGGCAGGCCCUACAGAAAUGUGUGACCAGAGGCAGCUGGGCCUUCUGCUUCACGAUGCUAUCCAGAUCCCACGGCAGCUUGGGGAAGUGGCAGCCUUUGGUGGCAGCAACAUUGAACCCAGUGUGCGCAGCUGCUUCCAACAGAACCACAAUAAGCCGGAAAUAACUGUAAAGCAAUUUAUAGACUGGAUGCGCUUAGAACCACAGUCUAUGGUGUGGCUACCAGCUCUACACUGUGUGGCAGCUGCAGAAACAGCAAAACAUCAGGCCAAAUGCAACAUCUGUAAAGAGUGUCCAAUUGUUGGAUUUAGGUACCGGAGCUUAAAACAUUUCAACUAUGAUGUCUGCCAGAGCUGUUUCUUUUCUGGCCGU